AUGGAGGAACUAAAGAUUUUCUGUGUUCUCAUUCUCUUUGCGGUUCACUCAUUUUGCAUCCCGAUAGAAACACAUCGUUCUGGUAGGUUGCCUUCUUCGUUGUCCUUUUUUAAAACGAAAGCAAUUGAUCCCUGUUUACUGUUUUUUCGUACCGGUUCUAUGCCACGAUAUUGGGUAACUUUGAUUUAACUUAGAAAAUCUAAGUAACACAAAAAAAAAAAUCGUCAGACUAGAUUUUUCGAAAUUCUCGCAAAUUUUGUUAAAUCCGCAACUCGGUCUAGUUAAGUCAUUGUUAACAAGACAAAGAACUGCGAAAAAUCGCGAGUAACGCUAAAAAUCAUCAGACUUACGAUUUUUCGCAAUUUUGGCAAAUUUUGUUACAUCCGCAACUCGGUCUGGUUUAGUGAUUAUUCACAUGACAAAAUAGCGAAAAAUCGCAAGUAACGCCAACAAUCGUCAGAAUUAAAAAAAUUUCGCAACACGUGAAAAAUGGCAAUUUUUGCUGCUGCAUUCAAACCUGGACAUAAGUGGAAUGAGUGCAGUCGUUAUUAUUUAUUCUAUCGAAACUGUACAACUUUUGUUAUCACCUAUUGUGAUGGAAUAUUAUCGUGCAAGAAUACAUUGUGAAAGAAAAACGAAACCAGAGGGAGCAAAUUUUCAAGUUGUCGCAACUUUCAAAUAAAAAGUUGGCCUUAAUACGCUACCUACUAGAUCGAUCUAAAAUAACUUAAAUCUCUCUCUAGAAGUUACAGAAUCAGUCCACAAGCGCUUAAAGAUUUUGUGAUUUUGUGUCAAUUCUAGCCCUUCGAUCCCAAAAAACUUAAAAAUCGAAAAUAUAUUUUAAAAAAUUAAAAACGUAUAUGUAUGCAUGUAUGUAUUACAAGUCAAGAUCUGCGUUAAACACAAAUGGAUUGCACAAAAAAGUGACACUGGAUAAAUGUUUUCUUUAGUUUGUUUUCAAAACGCAAAUAAAAGAAUCAAAGAAAUACAGGGUGUUUUUGCUCACAGUGGGAACUUAAUAUAGUUUGUUGUUAUGGAUACAUGCCACUUAGGUUCUGAAUAGUAACUUUGCAGAUUUGAGAGAUGAAAAUAUGCUUAUCUCAAUCUUUUAACGUUGAUUUUCAGAGGCAAAACGAUCCCUAAUCAGGGAAGACGACAAGGACCAACUUGUUGGGGACGAAACGAUUUUGGAUCACAUAGAAAAAGUCAAUAAAGGUAAAGAAAAAAAAAUAGAAUGAAUACGAAUACGAAUACGUGCUUCGUGAAUGCUCUUCUUGCCACCGAUAAAGUGCCCUGGGCGUUUACUAAUUGUUAAACAAUUUUUGCCUAAAACUGAAAGUGCAAAUAAACUGAGAAAAAAAACUGCUACAGAUGUGACCUUUGUCAUAACAAUCAAGUUCAAUGGGGAAUACUUACAGUUUUACUUCCGGUCAUUCCACGGUUGUUGACAUAUGGUUGUCCUCUUUUUUUGGUUUAAACAGUAACGACAGUAACAUAUAGUAAUAAAACUUAACACUCAUGCCUUAAUGCCAUAAUCUAGGACAUACAGCCGAGCCACUUGCGACUACCAAACGAAAAGUACCUUCACCGGAUUCGGCCCUUUUGAAUGCAUGCAAAUCAUGAAAAAUAAUGCUUCAUACAGUAUUUGCUAUGAGGAUAGAGAUGAACGGGAAUAUUCACGAGUGCAAGAACAGUAAGCAAAGUUUACAAGAACGCCUGCCAGGAUACUCACUAUUAACAAAGUAAUCUUAAAAAGAAUAUCACGAAUGCCUUACUUCCGAUCGGCCAGAAAAUUGUUUCUAGCCCUAAUAAGAAGCUGGGAAUUCAAGGGCGACUUACAUUCAACAAAAAUUCCGGUUUGAAAUUUCGGAAAUUUCACGUGCCCAACGGAAAGGUACAUUCCGGUUACACAGACCUGACCCAAACCACCCCGCGUUUGGUUAUUGUUCGUGUAAGCAGGAUACAAAAGAGCGGAACUGGGGAUAACAAUUUUGUCAAAUGGCAAGGGACAUUUCGGUCCAACCAACCGAAAUGAGCAGACAGGUUUCAAAGGUGGUCCCAUAAUAUUCCGGUCAAAUCGAACGGAAACGGUCCGUUCCAUUUGAUUUCAAACCGAAAUUUCUGGAAUUUUGGGCUGAAUGGAAAGCACCCCCGAAUGUCAUUGAAACAGGUUCGAUGGGAGUAACUCCUAGGGCCGCACUCCCGUUGUUCAGAUCUUGUUUACAUUACAAAGAUAUCGCCCAAAAUCGCGGGGGAACUUCCAUAUAAAAAUAGUCGGAAUGGUCGCCACAUGUAGGGGAAAUAGAAGACAGUCUUCGAUCCUGGUACUGGAUUCCGGAUUGUAACCAUCAGUGCGGGUAUUCCGGAUCCCUUGAGCUGUACUCUGCAUUCCAAAGCCCAGGACUCCGGUCCACAAGCAAAAAUUCCUCCUCUUCCGGAAUCUUCGUCUCGUAAACUCAGUUUUGGGUCUUAGGGUGUUCUGAGUUCAGGACUUGUGGAAUCAGAAAUCCUGGGCUUUUGAGUCUGGAAUUCAUCUCAAAGAAUCCGGAAUCCCACCAACGAUUGCAAUUUGGAAUCCAAGUUCCACUGACAAGGAAUCCGGAAGCCAGUACCUGGAGUCCGAAAUCAAGAGCGUGAAAUCGAGAAUCCUAGACUGUCUUUGAUUACCUUUCAUGGGGCGAAAGAUAUUGUUGCUGACACACUAUCCAAUCAGUCUAAAAACGCAAAUCUGAAGGCUUUCUCUACUUUCCAGGCAACGACGUCAACAAGUACGAGGCAGAUAUCGAUUUAUCUCCUGAUGAUUUGGUUGAUUUGAGCGAUGCUGGUGAUGUGGAUGGACAGCAAUUAAUCGGGCGCAAGAAACGGAACGCUGCUCGCAAUCGAAAGAAGGUGUGGGUUACACGUGUUAUUCCUUACGAGUACGACAGCAGCCUUCCAGGUAGGACAUGUUAUACCCCCCGGGGGGAGUAGUCAACAAAGUCUUAUCCGGAGUAGACUACGAGUAGCCCCCCAUUUGUCCUCAGGGAUAGUAAAGCGACCGAAACGCGAGCGCGCGUGAAAAUCACCCUACGGGUGGGGUGAUUUUAACGCGCGCUCUACUAUUCCUGAGGAAAAAUGGGGGACUACUCGUAGUCUAUAUCCGAGGAGGCACCGUCCCGAGGUCCAACCCCUUACUCUUUUAUAUACCAGUGUUGACAUUAAAGGUACCCUUUCGUAUACCUUCCAAUUAAAAAAAAAAAGCAAAUAGAAAGUGUUCCUUUCAUUUUUGUGUGGGUUUAAUAAAUUAAAAUGAUAUAGCCAUAAGGCGCUUUUUUUUCGAAAUAUUUCAAUUAAAGGCCGUUUUAAAUACUUUAAUGAUAAAUUUUCCAACCCUUCCAUGUACUUCAACUCGUGAAUUCCCUACCCUUUGAUAUACCUGAAGCCUGAAAUCUAGGUAUCCCUUUCGGAUGGAGCCUUUAAUUUCCGUAUAGUGCCUGGCCUCCCACGCAGAAGUUCUUACGGGUUCGUCACGCGUUCCUGCCCCACUAUCGUCUGCUGAUUUGAGCGGAAAAUAACGUAGACCAAUCAUAGCAGACUCCCAGAUCUGGGAAGUGCACUCGCUUGACUUAGCUCCAGAAAAGAUUAGAAAGUUCUCAUGAAAGGUGAAGACCUUACAGUUUUAGAAAAAACUACACAGUUAACUCACAAGCGUUCGUUCUAGAGGCUACCCUCACAAUAUCAUUAAAAAAAAAUUACCUCGGAGGUUAAAUUUGCUGAACGGAAGUCGGCUUUACUACAAAACAAUUAAGUGUGAAAAAAAUUAUGCCUUUUGGUCCGUUACAAGGUAACCCCGUCGUGGCAUCACCGAAAGAACAACUUUAUGAACAAGUGGCAUCUAAUCCAGCCUUUACAGAGAGAAAUAUACAAAAAGCCAGCGCGUAUCUCCUAGAUUCUCGUCCGAAGCAAAAAUCUUUGGUCACGUAUCACACCCUACCGAGCUUGUACGUAUGUGUUUGGCUUGUCAACACUUUCAUUUCAACAGCACCGAUUGGAUCUCCGAUAAUCUGCAUGUGAUCUCCAGCUGAUAUUUGUGAACAGUAGAAAAGGAAUGUAUUUCUCGGUUCAGCAGACGUUAGUGGGGCAGGAACACGUGACGAACCCCUAAGAACGUCUACGUGGAAGGCUAUAGAUGUGAGUCAUGUGAUCUCCAGCUGAUAUUUGUGAACAAUAGGAAAGGAAUGUAUUUCUCGGUUCCGCAGACGUUAGUGGGGCAGGAACACGUGACGAACCCCUAAGAACGUCUACGUGGAAGGCUAUAGAUGUGAGUCAUGUGAUCUCCAGCUGAUAUUUGUGAACAAUAGGAAAGGAAUGUAUUUCUCGGUUCCGCAGACGUUAGUGGGGCAGGAACACGUGACGAACCCCUAAGAACGUCUACGUGGGAGGCUAUAGAGUGCCUCACCCGGGUACCAUACCGACUAGACUGCUGAGAAUUUACUUCAAAUACUUCCACUAUUAAAUCUGCAGAAUAUAAUCCAAGCACAUGUACGAUCAACCUAAGCGGUUGAUAAACAAGUAUGGAACAAGCCGCUUACCGGGAUAGACACUGGCAUGGCAAAUUGUUAACAUAUACACCUCGUAAAAGACGUGAAAAAAGGAGCCAGGGAGGGAAAAUUUGAGUUCCUAUUAGACAGAGGUCAAAUCAUUCUUGUCUGUCUCUCCUUCACUUAUACCGUGUACCAAAUUACACAACCGUUCUUUGAUAAUGGAUGUCUUAGUAACUUUGAUGGCAUACAGCUGUAACAAAGCCAACGGCAUUCUACUGACGAAGAGACAAGUCCGAAACGUCUUAGUAGAAUUUUACCUUAAAAACCUAAAUGAAUUUUCAUCAAACUGCGAACAGCACUGUGACCCAAUGAUCCUAGUCAUGUUGACAAGGGUUUGGGUCUGGGGAAAGGUCCACCACCCACCUCUGAUUUGUCGAUUGGCUUGUUCUUACUCUUUUCUGUGUUCCACCGUCUCUAUAAAGUUGAGCUCGUCACAGCGAAGAGUCUUGUCACAAGCCGAGUCGACCGUCCGUUCAUUGCAUUCUUUAAGCUUUGCGUGUUUAAAACUUGGCUCGAUUUGUAAUUUGCUCCCAAAAUACAUAGAAAUCGAAAAAUUCAGCCUCAGAUUCAGAUUCCCGAUUUUUGUAUUAUUACCAAAAAAGGAAUAGAAAAUCUUUGCUAGUUAUAAUCCUUAGACAGAACAGUUUUCAGACGUUUUCACCACUAAUAACAUACAGUGGUAUAUACCUAUACAGUUCAUUUACUUCCUCUCAAUUUGUCCGACCGCGCCAUCAGGAUAUAAGCUACAACCAGUUGCAAAAAUGUUGAGACACUCCCGCGAAGAAAACAACCUUUCUUGCUUCAAAUCGCUCCUGGUCACAGGUCUGUGAGAUACAAUACUGACCACCCUCCUUCCUCCCAUUCAAAGCUGUUCCUCCAAGUUUUGAGUAUGGUCUUGUAUUGCUAGCAACCUUGAUAAGGGGUGGAGGGGGGUCACAAGCACAAGAUCAUAGACAGGCCAUUUAUGCCAAAAUAUACGGUACUGUGUCUCAAGUACUUUUGCAACUGGUUGUAGCCUGUUCCAGGCUCUCAGACAUAUAGUAGAGAUGACGCGUAACUGAAAGGCGCUCAAAAAUAUGAGCACGUGAUCUGGGAAAAGGUGUGCCGUCCUUCCUCUCCCCAGCUUCCUCCGGUUUUAUUUUCGUGUUUGUGCUUUCUCAUUCCGCGGACCCAACUAGCUCGGAGCCUGGAACAGGCUAGAUGCAACCCAGUUAAUACCCCAAAAUUCCCAACGACAGAUACUUCAGCAUUAACUUGCUGGUUUUGCUUAUUUUCACCUCAGAUGCCUUUAAAUCAACUAUUCAAGAAGCAAUUGCUGAAUAUGAAAAUAAAACAUGUCUGACCUUUAAACCAAGAACUGGUGAAGACCUGUUUGUGAAGUUUGUUCAUGAGAAAGGGUAAGAGUAGAUCAGGUGAGGUUCCAUAAAAAAGGAUUCCAGCUGGAACACAAGUCCACCCAGCCUAAGUCCCCAGGCAUUUUUCGGCUCGGUCAUUCCUGUACUCUACCAUGAGUUGUGACGUCACCGAGAGGUACUCGCCGAGAGAUACUCUCUCCCAGACUUCGCGCGGACAACGGAUCAAGAGAGAACGCCUGGCGACUAGGCUGAAGUCCACCCAUAUUUCCAAUUGAGUUACCUGUAUCAUACAUGACAUAAUCGAGGUGCAGUGAGUAUAGAAAUAUGCUCACGCUGCCAGAUAAGCGGUAGUUUGACGUAUAUCACACACUACUGGUUUAUGACUGAAGGUUCUGGAUUACAAUAUGAAAAUGCCAUUUACGAACUGUCAGUAUACACAACUUUCCCUCGAAUGCAAAAAGUUGAUGACGGCAGUGUUAUUUUGCACUGACAGUCUUACCUUUCGCGUUUGUAAUGGUUACGAAUCCUAUCAAAUUUUUUACCCUAAAAUUUUAGCAAGAACUAAGCUUCUGCUUUACGCUUAAUCCUUGCAAAGGUUUUGCUUUGCCUCCCAACGCAAUUUUCUUUUGAUCGGUUGUCAGUCUGACCGACGUCAGCCGUGUGACUAAAGUCACUGUUGUUCUCGCGUGGGAUUCACUUUUGUAUAUAAAUUUCUGAUUUACCGUAAAUCCUCUAUUAAGCCUCCCCCUCUCAAAUAAGCCCCCUUUCUCUAAUAAGCCCCCCGCUUUCCAGGGGAAGACAGUUAAUAAGUCCCCCCUUCCUUUUUAGAACACCCCAUCCCUCCCCCUUAUUAUUCAUCACUUCACCGUAUUAUCAAGCACGACUGUAAAACUUUAUGUGGACUGAUCCAUUAUAUGUGAGACUCUGAAGAAGGAAGGCCGUGCCUUCCGAAAUUUCAGUAAAAAUAUAUAUAUAUUCGCGACUGUAAAAUAGGCCUUGCUUCUUUUGUUUUAUAUUUUCACUUAUUGCUGAUUAGAUCCUUCAUUAAGAUCCGCUCCUUCUAUUUUGUAAGCUGGUCCUUGCUUCAAAAAUUGAUCCAGGAUGGUUUAUUUAUAAAUUACCAACUGGCACUUCGGAUUUGUUAUUGGUUCUCGAGGAUCAUAACAAAUCUGUAUGACCUCCAACUUCUCGUACUUGUGCUUUUCCACUCUGUAUUCUAGUUCUUUCGGGAGAACUGAUACUAUCGUCUUGGCUAAAUUAAAUAAGCUCCCCGUCUCUAUAAAGACCUUCCCCCCCGCCCCCUCCUCAACCUCAAAUGUGAUUGAAAUAAAUAAGCCCCCCAGGGGACUUAAUAGAGGAUUUACGUUAAGUGUUACUUGAUUUUUAGCUGCUGGUCCUCCGUUGGUCGCCAGUACUGGAUGACAGGAGUUGGGCAAAAGCUUUCACUUGGUAAAGGCUGCAACCACAAAGGGACCAUCAUGCAUGAGUUGAUGCACGCUAUUGGCUUCUGGCACGAGCAAUCGCGACCGGACAGAAAUCUUUAUGUAGAAGUACUCUGGGAG